AUCGCAACCCGGAGUCCGGAUCCGACCCCUCUCUGCACAUUCCAAAGGCAGGUGUCAGAGAUGGCGGAAGAUGGCAGUGACGAGAUCAUGUUCGUCUGGUGUGAGGACUGCAGCCAGUACCACGACUCCGAGUGUCCCGAGCUGGGCCCAGUGGUCACGGUGAAAGACUCCUUUGUGCUGAGUAGGGCCAGGUCGUCGCUUCCCUCCAACUUGGAGAUCAGGCGGCUGGAGGACGGGGCCGAAGGCGUGUUCGCCGUCACGCAGCUGGUGAAGCGCACGCAGUUCGGGCCGUUCGAGUCCAGGAGGGUCGCCAAGUGGGAGAAGGAGUCGGUGUUUCCCCUCAAGGUGUUCCAGAAAGACGGGCACCCCGUGUGCUUCGAUACCUCCAACGAGGACGACUGCAACUGGAUGAUGCUGGUGCGGCCGGCGGCGGAGGCCGAGCAGCAGAACCUCACCGCCUACCAGCACGGCGGCGACGUGUACUUCACCACGUCGCGGGACAUCCCCGCCGGCACCGAGCUGCGCGUGUGGUACGCCGCCUUCUACGCCAAGAAGAUGGACAAGCCCAUGCUGCGGCCGGCCUGCCCUGGUGUCCACGCUGCCGGUACCCCGGAAAGCAGCGCCCCCGCGGAGUCAGAGCCUGGCCAGUGGGCAUGCAAGGUGUGCUCAGCCACCUUCCCUGAGCUGCAGCUCCUGAACGAGCAUCUCUUGGGCCACUUGGAACACACCAAAAGCCUUCCUCCAGGCAGCCAGAGUGAGGCGGCCACGGAGAAGGAGCCGGAAGCGCCGCGGGGGGAGCCUGCAGCCGUGCCCGAGGGCAGGAGCGCCAAAGAGCCGAAGAGAAAGCCUCGGAGGGGCCGGAAACCCAAAGCGGCCAGGACCGAGCAGCCGCUCGGCCUCACGGAAGACAAGGAGCCAGCAGAGCGGGUGGCAGAGAUCGUCACCGAGGUCCCGCCGGACGAGCCUGCAAGCGCGCCGCCCGACGAGCGCUUCAUGGAGCUGGUGUUUGGGAAGUUCGCAGCUGGCACGAGCGACGGCAGCGCGGUGCCGAAGUUCAGCCACCAGCAGAACAGCACCAUGGCCCUCAAGCGGAGCCUGAUCCUGUCCAGCCGGCACGGCCUCCGGCGCAGGCUGAGCAAGCAGCUGGCGGGGCCGCAGCGCGUGUACCAGUGCGGCGCCUGCAGCAAGGUCUUCCAGAACAGCAGCAACCUGAGCAGGCACGUGCGCUCGCACGGCGACAAGCUGUUCAAGUGCGAGGAGUGUGCCAAGCUGUUCAGCCGCAAGGAGAGCCUGAAGCAGCACGUGUCCUACAAGCACAGCCGGAACGAGGUGGACGGUGAGUUCCGCUACCGCUGCGGCACCUGUGAGAAGACCUUCCGCAUGGAGAGCGCGCUGGAAUUCCACAAUUGCAGGACAGACGACAAGACCUUCCAGUGCGAGAUGUGCUCCAGGUUCUUCUCCACCAACAGCAACCUCUCGAAGCACAAGAAGAAGCACGGCGACAAGAAGUUCGCCUGCCAGGUGUGCAGCAAGAUGUUCUACCGCAAGGACGUCAUGCUGGACCACCAGCGCCGGCACCUGGAGGGAGUGCGGCGGGUGAAGAGAGAGGACUUGGAGGCCAGCGGGGAGAGCCUUGUUCGCUACAAGAAGGAACCUUCCGGAUGUCCUGUGUGUGGCAAGGUCUUCUCCUGCCGGAGCAACAUGAACAAGCACCUGCUGACGCACGGCGACAAGAAGUACACCUGCGAGAUCUGCGGGCGCAAGUUCUUCCGCGUGGACGUGCUCAGGGACCACAUCCACGUCCACUUCAAGGACAUUGCCCUGAUGGACGACCACCAGCGGGAGGAGUUCAUCGGCAAGAUCGGCAUCUCCUCGGAGGAGAGCGAUGGCAACUCGGACGGCAGCGCGGCCUCCGAGCCCCACAAGUACAGCUGCAAGCGGUGUCAGCUCACCUUCGGCCGGGGCAAGGAGUACCUGAGGCACAUCAUGGAGGUGCACAAGGAGAAAGGCCACGGCUGUAGCAUCUGUAACCGGCGCUUCGCGCUGAAGGCCACCUACCACGCCCACAUGGUCAUCCACCGCGAGAACCUGCCCGACCCCAACGUGCAGAAGUACAUCCACCCCUGCGAGAUCUGCGGGCGGAUCUUCAACAGCAUCGGGAACCUGGAGCGCCACAAGCUCAUCCACACAGGUGUGAAGAGCCACGCCUGUGAGCAGUGCGGGAAGUCCUUCGCCCGGAAGGACAUGCUGAAGGAGCACAUGCGCGUGCACGACAACAUCCGCGAGUACCUGUGCGCCGAGUGCGGGAAAGGCAUGAAGACCAAGCACGCGCUGCGGCACCACAUGAAGCUGCACAAGGGCAUCAAGGAGUACGAGUGCAAGGAGUGCCACCGCAAGUUCGCGCAGAAGGUCAACAUGCUGAAGCACUACAAGCGGCACACGGGGAUUAAAGACUUCAUGUGCGAGCUGUGUGGGAAGACCUUCAGCGAGAGGAACACCAUGGAGACCCACAAGCUCAUCCACACCGUGGGCAAGCAGUGGACGUGCUCCGUGUGCGACAAGAAGUACGUCACGGAGUACAUGCUGCAGAAGCACGUGCAGCUCACACACGACAGGGUGGAGGCGCAGAGCUGCCAGCUGUGCGGGACCAAGGUGUCCACGCGGGCCUCCAUGAGCCGGCACAUGCGGCGCAAGCACCCCGAGGUCCUGGCAGUGCGGAUCGAUGAUCUGGACCACCUCCCCGAGACCACCACCAUAGACGCCUCCUCCAUCGGCAUCGUGCAGCCCGAGCUGACGCUGGAGCCGGAGGACGUGGCCGACGGGAAGCACGGCAAGGCCGCCAAGCGUGGCCACAAGAGGAAGCAGAAGCCAGAGGAGGAGGCGGCGGCGCCGGGCCCGGAGGACGCGGCGUUCGGCGAGUACUCGGAGAAGGAGGCCGCGUUCUCGGGCGGCGUGGGCAGUGUGGGCGACGAGACCAGCUCCGCCGUGCAGAGCAUCCAGCAGGUGGUGGUGACCCUCGGCGACCCCAGUGUGACGGCGCCGUCCAGCUCCGUGGGCCUCACCAACAUCACCGUGACACCCAUCACCACCGCGGCCGGGACUCAGUUCACCAACCUGCAGCCGGUGGCCGUGGGGCACCUCACCACCCCCGAGCGCCAGCUGCAGCUGGACAACUCCAUCCUCACCGUGACCUUUGACACGGUCAGCGGCUCGGCCAUGCUGCACAACCGGCAGAGCGACGUCCAGCUCCACCCGCAGCCGGAAGCUGCGAACCCGCAGUCCGUGGCUCACUUCAUCAACCUGACCACGCUGGUCAACUCCAUCACACCCCUGGGGAGCCAGCUGGGCGACCAGCACCCGCUCACGUGGCGGGCAGUGCCCCAGGCCGACGUCCUGCAGAACCCGCCGCCGCCGCCGCCCCCGCCGGCCCCCCAGCCGCAGGCGGCCCCAGCGCAGGUGCAGCCCGAGCAGCCGCCACAGAUGUUCAGCUACUGAGGGGUUAGAGCUGCAGAGAGCGCCCUCUGCUGGGCGGCACAUGCGGGGACCUUGUGAGGAAGCCGGGCUCGGCCGGCAGGUGCAGAGUCGCCCCGGGCAGCCAUGCUGGUACGGGCGCUCAGGCCCUGUGCCCCGGUGGGCGGGCGGGUGUCAGACCUGAGCCGCUUCCACGCUAUGCCUUACCAAGCUGCUGCGGCCCGGGCCGAGCGCACCCCCUGCCCUGACGCAGCUGCCGGGUGGGUGGACCAGGGGCUGUGGGAAAAGCCGGGUCCCAGAGGCCAGGCACUCGUGGCCACCUGAGUUCCAUGGAACCCAGUGCCCGUGCGGCCACGGCACGCCCUCUGCCCCGUCUGGCCUCCAUCAGCAGCGAGCGAGCAAAGUCAGAGUUUGUUCUCUUCUUGGAAAUACCGGUCCAGUCCAGUUUGUUACAAAGCACGGACGGUGACAUGAGCGAGCCGUGACAUGACAGCAUGUGACCCCCAGCUGGGUGAGGGGUCACGUGACGCCGCCGGCUCAGGCAUGAAAUAUCCAUGAAUCCGUCUUCGUAUAGCUUUUUUUUUUAAGGAAAGGCUUGAUUUCCGAUACACAAGACCCGGCAGCGUGAUGAAGUCGAUCAGUCCACGGCCAGGGCCUCGCGGCCGCCGGUGCCAGCAGCAAGCCAGCUGGGCGUGCGGUGGCUGAGCGUCAGCUACGACGUCCGGAAGUGAGGGAUUCCACUUGCUUUCUGCGGAACCGCACAGGCUGACGGGUCUCCCGGGCCAGGUUCCCGAAGCUGUGGGUGCAGUGCCGUGUGGGUGUCUCUGACAGGGACCGUGGUCUUUGCCCGGGGCCGAGUCCAGAGUGGCGGCAGUGCCAGGGCUGUGCAGUUUCACAGGAAGCCAGGGCUAAGAGACGCUCGAUUUGGUGCGCACCAUAAACGUGGUGAAUUCCCACAGAGAAGCCUCCGGGGCCCCCAGUAGGCGAGGGAGCUGGCCAGCAAGUGCCCGGCAGGUGUGGGGACACGUCCAGGGGUCACGGGGGGCCAGCUACAGCCUCCCAUGCCUGGCCGCGGGCAGCCCGGAGGCCCGGGGACAAGUUUGACUUUGCCUCUCCUGGGUUUUUUUUUGAAAGCCGUGCUGUAGUCUGGUCCAGAUGCUGCUUCCUGGGAGGCCGCGCCGCGGCGGCCAGGGGAAGCCAGGGCCAGAACCCAUUUUGUGCAAUGCGUGAGCCAAGGAGAGCUCCCCGCCCACCCAGCGCGAGGCGGGGCCCCCCUCCCACGCUCCACGCACCCCCAAGGCCACCUCACAGUUAACAUGGGAGAUCCUUUGAUGUUUUAAUUUAUGAUAAUUAUUUUUAUGUUAUUUAUGUAAAUAAUUAACUGCUUUUACAUAAUACUCUCAUCACAUGAACUUGAGCUGGGGUGAUGUAUCUUCUGGAAUGCGGACCCGUUCUCAGCUCACAAGUGGUCCAGACACCAUGGCGUCGGCACGAGAUCCAGGCACCUGAGAUGGUUGUGGUUUUUUGUCUUUUUUAACCAAAACCGAUUUCUUUAUGCACUUGUAGCACGUGAAGGACAGACGACCUGGCGGACGGUGCAGACGGGCCUGGGCCUGUGGCCGAGCGUCCACUGCGCCGAUCCCUCGCUCCUCUUCCCUGCGAAUCAAAGGCCUUUGAAGUCGCGGUUUUAUUUUUUUAAACAAGGUGGGGGCAAGGCUGCAGCCCGCGUCGGUGUGCGCGGAGACCCCGGUGUGCGCAGAGACCCCGGCGGAGCUGGGGCAGCCCUGGGGUCCCCACUGUUCAAACAUCAGCCUUGUGAGAACUCCAAUAAAAGCCAGACU